GGCGGGAAGGAGGAAGUUUCAAAGCAAACGUUUGGGGCGAGUUUCCAGCCGCUCCGGCAGAAUGAAGUUGCACUGCGAGGUGGAGGUGAUCAGCCGGCACCUGCCAGCUUUGGGGCUGAGGAACCGGGGCAAGGGCGUUCGGGCGGUGCUGAGCCUCUGUCAGCAGACGCCUGGGAGUCUGCCGCGGCCCCGGUUCCGGGGCGAGCCGGGCGGCCAGCACCCCGCCUGCCUGCUCAUCUCCACCCUGAAGGACAAGCGCGGGACCCGCUAUGAGCUGAAGGAGAACAUAGAGCAGUUCUUCACCAAAUUUGUGGAUGAGGGGAAAGCUACCGUUCGAUUAAAGGAGCCUCCUGUGGAUAUCUGUCUAAGUAAGGCCAAUUCCAGCAGUUUAAAGGGUUUCCUGUCAGCUGUGAGACUGGCUCAUCGAGGCUGUGAUAUUGAGACACCACUUUUAACCCUCACACCAGUGAAGACUUCAGAAUUUGAAAAAUUUAAAACUAAAAUGGUUAUCACUUCCAAAAAGGAUUAUCCCCUCAGCAAGAACUUCCCAUAUUCGCUGGAACAUCUUCAGACUUCUUAUUGUGGGCUUGUCCGAGUUGAUAUGCGCAUGCUUUGCUUAAAAAACCUCAGGAAAUUAGACUUGAGCCACAACCAUAUAAAAAAGCUUCCAGCUACAAUUGGAGACCUUGUCCACCUUCAAGAACUUAACCUUAAUGACAAUCACUUGGAGUCCUUUAGCGUAGCCUUGUGUCAGUCUACACUGCAGCAGUCCCUUCGGAGUUUGGAUCUCAGCAAGAACAAAAUUAAGGCACUCCCUGUGCAGUUUUGUCAGCUCCAAGAACUUACAGACUUAAAACUUGACGAUAAUGAACUGAUUCGAUUUCCUUUCAAGAUGGGACAGCUGAAAAACCUGCGUUUUUUGUCAGCAGCUCGAAAUAAGCUUCCGUUUUUGCCUAGCGAAUUUAAAAAUUUAUCCCUUGAGUACUUGGAUCUUUUUGGAAAUACGUUUGAACAACCAAAAGUCCUACCAGACAUAAUGCUACAAGCUCCAUUAACUUUAUUGGAAUCUUCUGCACGAACUGUAUUAUAUAAUAGGAUUCCAUAUGACCCUGGUAUCAUUCCUUUCCAUCUUUGCCAAGAUUUGGGUACUGCGAAAACCUGUGUUUGUGGAAGAUUCUGCCUCAACAGUUUCAUUCAAGGAACUGCUACCAUGAAUCUACAUUCUGUUGCUCACACUGUAGUCCUAGUAGAUAAUAUGGGUGGUACUGAAGCACCUAUUAUCUCUUACUUCUGUUCUCUAGCCUGUUACGUAAAUUCCUCCGAUAUGUUAAACUAAUAGGGGAUACCACAAAAAUUUCAUUUAGUUAAGGAUCAGUUUGAGACUUAUUUCUAAUUUAAGUGUCAAAUUGGAGAAAGGGGAGGGGAGAAAUGUAUGUUAUUCUAACAUUGUAAAUCAUUUCAUUUAAAAUUUUUAAUUACAUUAAAAACUAAUUUUAUUGUUGGAAUAACUUUUUAUUAGUUUAUUGCACUUGUGUAAAUUUCAGCCUAGAGUUUCCAAGAUGAGUUGUAGGGUUUUCUUUUAAUGUUAAACAGAUACUGAUCCUAGCCACUCUGGUUUUAAGAAUUUUCCUAUCAACUUUCUUUUUAAAUUUUAGUUAAAGAAAUUGCACAGCUCAGAGGACUAAUAUGUUCUAAAUUUUAGUGAAAACUUUUGAAAUGAAACAACAAGUUUGUACUUUACUACUUUUUGUGGUUUUCAGGCAUAUUAUUCUACAUGUGGAAUUUAUAUUCAUCAAGCAUAAAGUAGGAGUUGCUUUGGGAAAACAGACUUAAGCUUUUAUAAUUUUUAUAAUGCUCAUCAUGUAAUCUUUGUUGUGAUUUCUAAGUUUUUAAUUUUGAGUUGGGACAUGGCUUUGAGAUUGAGUGGGAGAAGGAACAGAAAAUUGUUACCUUUUAUUGAUUACUCUUCUGUAUUGAGAAUUUUUUGUUGUUUUUUCAUUUUUAAGUUGUUUAUCAUUAAAUAUGUUUAAGUUUUUUAAUUUAAAAAGUGGUGGCAAUGGACCAGCUAAAGGAUGGUGAGGAUUUCAAUUAGGGCAGAGAGAAUAGAAAAGAAGGAACCAACUUGAAAUAACCCUAGAGAAUACUUCCUUUCUGUUCACUCCCACUGCUCUAGUUCAAAUUAGCCUCUCAGAGCACCGUUGCAGUAACCUCGGAACUGGUUUCUGGGAACAAAGGGGAGAGGUUACUGGAGAAAACCCGUUCCAUUGUUAGGAUUGUAUCAUUGCUGUUUUGGGUUUGAAGGUAGGGAGAGGUCUAUAUAAAACGAUUUCAUAUGAGUUAAGUAAAUAGGGUUGCUGAGUUGGAAUCGACUCAAUGGCAGUGCGUUUCGUUUUGGUUUGGGUAAGUAACUAUUGCCUUCUUCCUUUUUCUCCCUAAAAUGUUUCUUAUAUGGGGCAUUUUUUUUUCUUUUCUGAAAAUUCAGAUAUUACUGAGUAAAUACUGUCUUAAAUGUUCUAUUUUUAUUAAAACUUCAUUUGUAUAUGAUAGUCAAAACAUAGGUUCUACUCAGAGCUUAUGGUCUAAGAUACUAGGCAUUGGUCUAGAGGAGUAAUUCUUCUGGCGAAUUUAGUGGUCAGAUUCUUCUACCAAAAAACUGUAUUCUUCCUAGAUGUUUUUCACUUAAAAAUAUAUACAUAUAAUGUUUAUGUGCAUUAAAUAAAAAGAGCUGCCAUUUAUCUAGUUUGUUCCAAGUGCUUUACAUAGUGUUUUAUACAAUCCUCACAAAUCACUUUAGGUGGGAAGUGCCAUGAACCCAACAUCAGAGAUUUCAAGCCCAGGCUUUAUAACUGCCUUCUAAAGUUAAUUCACUUCUGGUCUUUAAGAUCAAGAAUUCUUUAAGUAUAUUAUUUCAGGGUUUUCUAAACUCAAAAAUUGGUAAGGGAUUGUCCAUAAAUAUUGCAGAAUGGCUGCACUGAAACAUGGUUCUUUAAAAAACAUUCUACCUUCCAGUCCAUUGCAUAGUGCCAGCCAUCCAUGGUACAACACUUGGUGUCUUAGUCAUCUAGUGCUGCUGUAACAGAAAUACCACAAGUGGAUGGCUUUAACAAAGAGAAGUUUAUUCUCUCAAAGCCCAGUAGGCUCAAAGUCCGAAUUCAGGGUACCAGCUCCAGGGGAAGGCUUUCUCUGUCGACUCUGGAGGAAGGCCCUUGUCACCAGUCUUCCCUUGGUCAGGGAGCAUCUCAGUGCAGGAACAUCAGGUCCAAAGAUGCUCUCUGCUCCCAGCGCUGCUUUCUUGGUGAUAUGAGGUCCUCGUGUCUCUGCUCGCUUCUCUCUUUUAUUUCUCAUAGAGGAGACACUAUCUUGUAUACCUCAUCAAUAUAACUGCCACUAAUCCAUCUUAUUACAUCAUUGUGGUAGGAUUUACAACACAUAGGGAAAUCACAUCAGAAGAUAAAAUGGUAGACAAUCAUACAAGGAAAUCAUGAUCCAGCCAAGUUGACAUAUUUUGGAGGGACACAAUUCAAUCCAUGACAGUUGUCACUAUUCAUCUGGAGCAACAAAGAGUCAGGAAUAAAAGGAUAGGAAUGUGUGGCUAAUUGCCUCCAUGAACAACUAACUGCCUCCUUUGCCAUGAGACCAGAACUGAUUGGUGCCUGGCUACAAUUACUGAACAUUUUGAUCAAAGAUUCCAUGGAAGAAUCCUGAUGAAAAGGGGGAAAAUGCAGGACAGAGUUUCAAAUGCUCAUGACUUUCUGAAGCCGUGGAGGUUGGAUGAACCCCUGAAACUACUGCCCUGACAUAAUCUUUAAGUUUUAAACCAAAAAUAUCCCCUGAAGUCAUCUUAAAACCAAAUAAUAGUUUACUUAACUAGUAAAAAAUGUGUCUUGAGCAUUAUGCUCUUGAGAACUAUAGGGGAUCAAAUUGACAACAGCAACUUGAAAGAUAAGAACCUUUGAGGGCAGUGAGUUUAUGUUAAUGAGGAACAACUCAGAAAAGGAGGGUAACAACGGUUGCACAACUCCAAUGUAAUUUAAAAAAAAAAUUGUUCUGCGGCGUAUUUAGAAAACUGAUUUGUGCACAUCUGAUUUUUACAUGUUAUUGUGGGAAAACAAUUACUUUCAUCUUCAAAUAAGGCUGUAAUAACCCAUAUCGGUAAUGUUCUUGUUAGUUCUUGAAUCGAUUCCCACUCACCGAAAUCCCACAUAUGCAGAGAACUAUUUUUUUUAUGCCAUAGGAUUUUCAAGGCUGUGACCUUUCAGAAGCAGAUCACCAGGACUAGCUGGUUGAAUCAACAACCUCUCAGCCUGUACAGUGCUUAACUAUUUGCACCACCCAGGGACUCAGUGCAACAAGCUGUUUCUCCUACACCCUAGUCCUUGACCUUCUUUGCAUUCUUCUACUCAUUUACAAGCCAUCCCCAUGUACUUAUACCCAACAGCAUCAAGUCAAUUCUGACUCACAGUGACUCUACAAAAAACCCAAACCCAUUGCUGUCGAGUUGAUUCGAACUCAUGACGCUACAGGACAGAGUAGAACUAUUCCAAUAAUUUCCAAGGAGCACCUGGUGGAUUCAAAUUGCCAACCUUUUGGUUAGCAGCCAUAGCUCUUAACCACUACGCCACCAGGGUUUCCAGUAGAACUACCCCGUAGGGUUUCCAAGCAGCAGCUGGUGAAUUUGGCACUGUGCCACAAGAGCUCCCACAUACUUUAAUAAUUGACUUUAAAAUUCAUAUGAAAAGCAGAAUUUGUCCUCUCAUCAGAAGUUAUACCCUUUCCCAGUUUAUUUUUGUCAUUUGAUACUCAACUACUUGUUUGUCCUUCAGAUAAUUACUAGGCUCAGUUCCUUUUCAUCAAGUUUCAACCCUUCAUUCUGUUUUCAAUCAUGCUGCUUACCUCCUCAACACUUCCCCCUUUCAAGAUAUCCCUUAACAUUUUAGUACCUCCAAGAGGUUCAAAAAGUGUAUGUAGUCACAGACUGGUGAAUUUCUCACUUUCACAAUCUUCAUAACUUCUUGUAGUUGGAAAUCAAUUUUGAACUCCAGCCUCAUACUCAACACAUCUAAACAGUGCUAUCCAAAAAAAAACUAUAUUUGCAAUGUCCAAUAGGAUAGCCACUAGUGGCUGUUCAACACUUAAAUCUGCUAUACACAGGCCUGGCUUAUCCACUUUCCUUUUCCAAAAUCUUGAGUCUCUUCCCAAUCAUGAUUAUGAAUACACCUAAGAUGUUUUUAGUUGACUAGAAAACCAAAGUAAGAAAAGUCAAUUUUUUCCCUACUAUGUGAUUUAGCUCUACAACCUGGUUGUAAAGUUUGAGGGAGAACUCUCUUAUAUAAAUACAAACCUCCAAUUCUUGUGGAACUGAAUAUAAACAGCAUGAAUUUGGUAAGAGAAUAAACUUCAACUAACUUCCAAAUAAUUUACUGAUUGCCCUUAAUUCAGAAUCACAUGCAACUCUAUUUAUAAACAAAUUUGAAAAAAAAAAAACACAAAAGGUUUGAGAAAGAAUGUCACUGUAUUUAUUUUCCUACAGGUAAUUCUUCUAUGCUUCAACAUUUUUUUCAAAAUUAAAAAGAAAAAGCUUAGAACUGGAUCACUUGGCCCUUUCUCUUCUUAUCGCCUCCCAGCUCAAAAUGCUUGCAUCUCUUAAUGGCCAGCAUUCUCUUGGACCUGCAGUUAGGCUCCACACAUUCAAGCCUCAGCACAAUCUUCUUUGUGGUUUUCGCCUUCUUCCGAAAAAUUGGCUUUGUCUGCCCGCCAUAGCCGCUCUGCUUCCGAUCAUAGCGCCUCUUUCCCUGCGCAUACAAGGAAUCCUUGCCCUUCUUAUACUGGGUCACUU